AUGAAUUUAGGCGUUGUUGGUGAUUUUAGAAAACGCGUCUGGGCCCUCAAAGCUGCAUUUCUAAAAGCAUACGAAAUUGGAUUGGACAAUGACGAAGUGACUUGUUCCGAUACGGAUGAGGAUGAAGAUUCUGAUGAGACCAAUGAAUCUGGUGCGUCUGGUGAUUCCAAGGUUUCUGCUCCAGAGAAAAAUCAUUCUCAAUCUCAAUCAGAUACUAUGGCGGAAGCACGCAAAAUGAUUGAAUGGAAUCUGAAGGACGUCCCAUAUGAAGGUAACCUUCAAAACAUUGUUGCGCCAGUUGCUCCUGCCUUGAAUCAAGACGUAUCACAAGAUUCAUGCGACAAGUAUUUUAAACAUGUAGUGUACUAUUUCAGUAUUGGAGUUACCUAUGGUACUCUGGGUCUCUUGCCUUUAAGAAAUCCAAAGUACAUGGAGUUUAACAUCAGUUUCUUCAAAAACGUACGAAAAAAAUACAAUAUACUUUUACAACAUUUUAAACUUGGUGUGUUUGAACUUGUAUUAUUGUCUACACUAAGUGGACUUAAAAAACUCACAGCUGAUGAAUUUCAAGAUUUUGUCAAUUGUUUCCUUAAAGAUAAGGAGUUGACUGAGCGAUUGCGACAGAUGACGAUUGCCGAAGAUUUCCAGAGAGAAAUUGGUGAUGUAGUUUGUACUGACUUAUAA